AUGUACACGAAUGCCGAUAAAUGUACUCGAUGUUGUACGGCCACCGUAAAACGAAGCCUCGACCUCAUGUCUCCACGACACUCUCAUCGCUUCCUUCUCCCACCUUCAUCAUCAAGUCGUAUUCGUAUUCCCAUGUGGCUUCAACCAGCUGCUACUAUCCAACGAGCUUCUCCGUCUAUUCUGAAGCAUCGACGCCAUCGUCGCCCGGCGCGUCUUAACCUGCUCGAUGAGAUUCUCUUCGCAGCCAGUAACUCACGCGGCACCUAA